GCGCCGCUGGGCCGGGCCAGGCCGGGCCUGGUGCCGGUACCGGUGCCGGUUCAGGUUCAGGGCUUGAGACGGGGACCGGUGUCGGUGUCCGGGCCGGGCUGGACCUGGUCCCUGGCUGGGCCAGGGCUGGUGCCGGGGCCGGGCCGCGGCCGGGGCCGGGCCGGUGCUGGGUUAAGGGCCGGUGUCGGUGCCGGCUUGAGAACUUGUGCCGGUGCCGGUAUCGCGCCGGGCCGGUGCCGGUGUCGUUGCCGGGUUGAGGAGUGUCGGUGCCGGUGGCGGUGCCGGUUUAAGGACUGUCGGUGCCGGGCCGGUGCCGGUUUGAGGAGUGUCGGUGCCGGUGCCGGUGUCGGUGCCGUUACCCAGCGCGGACGAUGCUGUUCUCCCUGCGCGAGCUCGUGCAGUGGCUCGGCUUCGCCACCUUCGAGAUCUUCCUGCACGGACUGGCCCUGCUCGCCUUCUCUGUGCUGCUCGUGCUCAAGGUGGACGGCGCGGCCUCCGCGCUCUCCUGGUGGAUCGUGUUUGUGCCCUUCUUCGCCGCCGACGGGCUCAGCACCUACUUCACCACCAUCGUGUCCGUGCGGCUGUUCCAGGACGGCGAGAAGCGGCUGGCGGUGCUGCGGCUCUUCUGGAUCCUCACCAUCCUCAGCCUCAAGUUCGUGUUCGAGAUGCUGCUGUGCCAGAAGCUGGUGGAGCACACGCGGGAGCUCUGGUACGGGCUCAUCAUGUCGCCCGUGUUCAUCCUGCUGCAGCUGCUCAUGAUCCGGGCCUGCCGCGUGAACUGAGCCCGGGGCCGCUCCCGGCGCUGUCCCGGUGCGGAGGGGCCGGUGACAGGCGAGACAGGGCCGUGCCCCGCUCGCGGCCGUGCUGCAGAGCAUCACGUUCUCCACACAUCCCUGCACAUCCCUGUUCGUGCCCCCUCAGCCCUGCCCUGUCCUGUGCUGUGAGCGCGGCUGGGCGUGACACUUAUUUUAUUUUAGAAUUAAAAUGGCUUGAAG